AUGAACCCAUCUUUUUCAACGCACAAUAAGGGUAGCAGUUCUGUGCGUGAAUCGAUUCUCUCAACCACCACUCGCCCUGUGUCCCGAAAGUGGAAGCAACUGGUUUCGAAACUAAAAUGGUUCAAUAAAAGGCAGCAACCCGAUUUUAGGCCGAAGUCUACUGGCCAAGCAAUCACAUCUACAAGAAGUAUUACGAGACGACGUUAUAGCAGCGAUGAGCUUACACGCACCAACGAAUAUCCUUUUUACACCGCACAAAGAGAAACAACGAGUAAAGAGCAACAACAGCCAAAUACUGAUGCAGGACCAUCAAAGCAACAACUACAUGUUUCAUUACCGGCAGGACCGGUAUGUUCGGCAUUAUCACCACCCCCUCGACCAUCAAUGGUAGCUCGACGUGUCAACAACAAUACACAUCCAAGCAUGAGUCGCCGCCAAAGCAGCACAAACACAAAACAACAAGAAGGUGACAUUGUGCAACCACAGCCGCGUCGGUCAUCCUCAUCACGACCCAUGAUCCAGACUUUCAACUUGCGAUUGUCUAUCGAUAUUGAGCGUCAAAGCAUGCUAUGUGGAAGUCCAUCAUCAGCAACAACAUCGAGUAUUAGCGGUGAAUCAUAUGCACCAUCAUUAUCACGACCUACAACACCUUUUCGUAGCGGCACGCUUGGUUCUCACAGCUAUCCUUUCCCACCUACAACAACAAGUUCAGCUGUGCCACCUGUACCUGAUAUACCACCACUCAAAGAACGUCGUAAACGUCGAAGCCCCAUGUCAAUACCAGAUGACUUGACACUUGAUUUGAAACGUAGUUCUAUUUCUGCUGCAAGUGCAACCGAGAUUGAACGAGAAAAAGCCAUGGAUGCACUUGAAGGCAAAACAUCAUCAUCAGCUUCAUCAUCAUCUUCAUCCUCCGUUUCAUCAUCCUUGUCCUCAGCCAUUGAUCGUGAUAAGGCACAAUAUGAAGCUGUGGUAGCACGCACUCAACGUCGUCGUGCAGCAGCUGCUGCGGACUCUCCACCCAAUUCUUCUUCUUCUUCAAGACGACCUAUGAUCUCCUCCUCCACCCAACAGCAACAACAGCACGUGUAUUAUCCAGCUACUCCGAAUUCCAUGGUCACCGUCAUUGGCCAUCAUCAACGUGUUGAUGACAAUGGUCAUCUCUACAAACAAGUAGAUACCUUGACUUGA